UCUUCGUGUCCCAGCGCGGGCGGGCGUCGGCGGUUCCUCUGGACUACAGGUUCCAGAAGUCCUAUGCAGAAGUGCUUCCCUCUCUCAUUUCCAGGACCACAAUUCCCAGAGACUUCGGCUUCACGGCGUUUCUCUUUUUGCCCGAUCUCUCCUGGAGCUGGCUGGGCUUCGGCCGGCUAGAGGCCCACAGCAACGACGUGAUUCGUCGUGAGCGGGUCCCAGGGUUUCCUCGGCGGCCUUUUUUUCUCUCCCCUCGGUCGUCCCCGUUGCAGGCUGUCGCGGCUGGCCUGAGCGGUGACCUGGCGGGUCGCGCCUGCGCUCUGCCCUGUUUCCUGCCUGGCUGGUGGCGGCGGCCAUUUUGUUCAUCCUCCUCCUCCUCCUGCUCCUCCUGGUUGGAGCGCAGUGUCCGGAGCGGGCUGGGGGGAGAGAGCCCGAGAGCAGGGUUCGGUACCUUUUCCUCUGUCCCCAGCCGGUGCCCAGAGCCCCCCUCCCCUUCCUCCCCACCCCCUCCCCUCCCCAGCCCUGCCCUCCCCCUUGUCCCGGGAUCGCUCCGUCGCACCCACCAUGAUGGAAGACGACGGGCAGCCCCGGACUCUAUACGUAGGUAACCUUUCCAGAGAUGUGACAGAAGUCCUUAUACUUCAGUUGUUCAGUCAGAUUGGACCCUGUAAAAGCUGUAAAAUGAUAACAGAGCAACCCGAUAGCAGAAGGGUCAACUCUUCUGUUGGAUUUUCUGUUUUGCAGCAUACAAGCAAUGACCCAUAUUGCUUUGUGGAAUUUUAUGAACACAGAGAUGCAGCUGCUGCAUUAGCUGCUAUGAAUGGGAGAAAAAUUUUGGGAAAGGAGGUCAAAGUAAACUGGGCAACCACACCAAGUAGCCAGAAAAAAGAUACUUCCAAUCACUUCCAUGUGUUUGUUGGGGAUUUGAGUCCAGAAAUUACAACAGAAGAUAUCAAAUCAGCAUUUGCCCCCUUUGGUAAAAUAUCCUGCCCAAACUCCAAAAUGAUGGUAGAGAAUUGACCAAGAAAAAUAAAGAAAUCUGUUAACAGGCCAUGGAUGCCCGGGUAGUUAAAGACAUGGCAACUGGAAAAUCCAAAGGCUAUGGUUUUGUAUCUUUUUAUAACAAACUGGAUGCAGAAAAUGCGAUUGUGCAUAUGGGAGGUCAGUGGUUGGGUGGUCGUCAAAUCCGAACCAACUGGGCCACACGUAAACCACCUGCACCUAAAAGUACACAAGAAAACAACACUAAGCAGUUGAGAUUUGAAGAUGUAGUAAACCAGUCAAGUCCAAAAAAUUGUACUGUGUACUGUGGAGGAAUUGCGUCUGGGUUAACAGAUCAGCUUAUGAGACAGACAUUCUCACCAUUUGGACAAAUUAUGGAAAUAAGAGUUUUCCCAGAAAAGGGCUAUUCAUUUGUCAGAUUUUCAACCCAUGAAAGUGCAGCCCAUGCCAUUGUUUCGGUGAACGGUACUACGAUUGAAGGACAUGUGGUUAAAUGCUAUUGGGGUAAAGAAUCUCCUGAUAUGACUAAAAACUUCCAACAGGUCGACUAUAGUCAGUGGGGCCAAUGGAGCCAAGUGUAUGGAAACCCACAACAGUAUGGACAAUAUAUGGCAAAUGGGUGGCAAGUACCGCCUUACGGAGUAUACGGGCAACCAUGGAAUCAACAAGGAUUUGGAGUAGAUCAAUCACCUUCUGCUGCUUGGAUGGGUGGAUUUGGUGCUCAGCCUCCCCAAGGACAAGCUCCUCCCCCUGUAAUACCUCCUCCUAACCAAGCUGGAUAUGGUAUGGCAAGUUACCAAACACAGUGAGCCGGGACUCUUAAAAAAAAUUGUAAUUCAUGAUAGGCUUCGAUUUCCUGUGACACUUUGAAGACAUGAAAGUAGACAUCGGAAAAUGAAAAUAUUUAUUUUAAAAAUUGAAAUGUUUGGAACCUUUAGCACAGAUUUGCUUUGGUGAAGGACACAUGUCUUCUAGUUCUGCCUUUUUAAGUUUUUGUUCAUGAUGGAUAUGAACAUGAUUUUUCUUUGUGUACAAAAACUAAAAUAAAGUCAAUAAAGACAAUUCUGACUACAAAUUUUGAUAUAAUAGGAAAAAUGGCUAAUACAUUUUGAUUCUUAGAUACUAUUCCAUUUUUAUCUUGCUGUUCAGUAUUUUAACUCACUGUGUUUUUAAAAGAGCAAAAAAGGGAGGAUCGUGAAAACCUGGGAAUCACAUAUAAGUUCAUCUUGAAUCCUGAUACUCCCCUCCCCUUCCCUGAGGUGGACCACAUUUGAAGUCAGCAGAGAAAAAGUGUGAUAUUCAGAAGAAAUGCGUGAUUUUGGAGUCGCUUUGGAGGAAAUAUUUUCUUUCUCUAUGCCUAAAGAAACUGAAGCCAGACUGAAGUUUUGCACCCUAAAAAGGAACAGCAUUGUUUGAGUUACUUGAGCAAAUGUCGGUGGUCCACGUUAAACAUAUUUUUAAAACUUCCAAAAGUGUCGAUUAUUAAAAUUGUAGUAUAUUACAUUUCAUUUUGGGGGGAAAUUCCAAGUAUGGUGUUUGUAUUAAAGUCAGACAGUCAUACUUGUGCUUUUACAUGAAGUUUAAAUGAUACACAUUGUAAAUAUUCAAUAACUACAGUGUUUAAAAAGCAUGCUUCAACAUAGAAGUAGCAGCAAUGUAAUUAUUUGAAGUAACACUUAACACACUCCACUGCAUUGAAUGCAGUGGAUUGAUCAGAAUGUUGACUGACAUUUCCAAGGUUGGCUACUAUGUAAAAUUAAAAUUACACAAAUUGUGCAGAAAAA